AUGGAAUCCAUAUUCCAUCAACGUGAGAUGGUGAGUAUGAAAAUCAACAUGAAAAGAAAGAAGAUAAUAUCUCACAAAUCACUCUUCCUCCUCACUAUGAUGAAGACGAAACGAUUUGCUAUAAGAAAGAAGAGAACUUGUGUCAAAUCUCUUCAACAACAACAGCAAUCGUUUUCUUCUACACAAGCAGAACCUGAGUUUUACUUACCUGAUGAGUGCUGGGAGCAUGUCUUGACAUUCCUCAUCAACCCGGUCAAGCCGGUCAAGCCGUUCCGUGUCAUCAAGCCGGCCAACCCGUUCCAUGUCUUCCCAUUCCCCACUGACUCGGUCCACGGCAAAAUUAAAGACAAAUACAAACGCAAUUUUGAAUCUCUAUCUCUUGUCUCAAAACGCUUCCUUACCAUCACCAACCGUCUCAUAUUCUCUAUGAGAAUUAAUCAUCUACAGUUUUGUCAUCUUCCUCGUUUCUUUCAUAGAUUUUCCAACCUUAAUUCCCUUCACCUCUCCUUCGACUCCUCUCAUGAUCUCGACUAUGCAUCCAUUGAUUUGGCUCUCCGUGACAGAUCAACAUUGAAAUCUUUAUCUAUUUUUGGGAUUGACCUAAACGAUGCAAACUAUAUUACUUCCCAUUACAUUGAUUUCUUCCGGAGUUUCAAGGCUUUGAAUUCUCUUAAGUUUCAGUCUUCUCAAAUAUCUGAUUAUUUGCUUUCCUCUAUUGCAAAAGAAGGCCUUCCUUUCAAGAAUUUUGUUCUUCAAAAUUGUACCGGCUAUAGUUUUCAGGGAAUUUACAGUUUCUUAUCUAAGUGUAGUGGGAUAAAACAUUUGGGUAUUCAAGGUGAUGAUUUUUUAAAUAAUCAUCAUAUUUUUCGGUUGUCUUUGCUUCUUCCUGAUUUGAUAUCAGUAAACCUUAGUGAAUGUUCCAAGCUUAGAGAAUCAGCUUUGUUUGCACUCAUUAAGAACUGUCAUUCACUUAGUGAGAUCACAAUGGAACGCAUAUAUAUGGAUGGUUUCGAGAGUGAAGAAAAUUAUGAUAUUUUAAAAGAUUUUGAUGUGAACCCUCACUUCAAGUUUCUACGUUUGGCUAACAAUUCAUUUAUGAACAACGAGACCAUCAUAUUGUUUGCUUCCGUUUUCCCCAAUUUACAACUUCUCGAUUUAAGUUUUUGCCCGAGCAUAUUUAAAAAAGGUAUUUGUCAAGUUUUAAGUAGAUGUUAUAAGCUUAGACAUCUAAACUUGACUUACUGUAAUGAUGUGAGAGGACUUAAAAUGAAUUUUGUAGUUCACCAGCUAGAGGGGUUGGACUUAAAUGAUACAAAUGUUGAUGAUGAAACCCUCUAUGAGAUCUCAAAGAGUUGUUGUGGGCUUUUGCGACUAUCAUUGGAUUGGUGUGAAUAUGUCACAGAAAAGGGAGUGAUGCGUGUGAUUGAGAACUGCACACAACUGAAGGAGAUCGAUUUGUCAAAUUGUGAAAAAGUGAAUGUUGAUGUUGUUGUCUCAAUGCUUUCAUCAAGGCCAUCAUUCGAAAAAUUUGAUGAAAUUUUGUUUUUGUGA